UUGUCAAUGAACCUGUCAAGGACCUGGGUUAAGGACCUCAGACCUCUGGUGGGUGUGCCCUGCCAGGUGGCUGGCCACACCUGAGGAAAUGAUCACACGCGUCGAGGGACCUACAAGGCAGUAUGGCUGAGAGUUCCUUGACACUGGAUCGUUGAGUGACUACCGAGUGCGGGAACGAGAGGGCAGUAAGCACAAGAAUCACAGGAGCAGAGAUAUGGAGCACAAGCACUGAGAAGAAGACAUGUCAUGGGACUCCACCCCUGCACCAGUGGACACUGCUGGAGAAGGUGAUAUCUGUUCUGGGUCCAUUCGAGGAGUUAACUUGAAAGGUCAGCUCUUCAGAUGCCAUGGCUGCAGAUGUCAUUCCAGCAGUCACUGUGCUCCACAGAUUUAUAACAAGGGAGACUGAUGAGGACCUUGGCUGCAGCUGUCAGGACGCGGUUCACUGAUGUGGAGGAAAACCCACUCUAUAGCAUCGCCACGCUACUCGAUCCCAGGUUGCCAGGAGACAAGCAGGAGGAUCGUGACCUGAAUGAACCACCUUCAAGAAAAGCACAGAGUGACCAGCCCACUACUAGUCUGGACAGCAUGUUUGAUGAAAUUGCAGAUGAGCAGGCAUUAGCAUCAGUGGGCAGAGCUGUGGUAGGUUCUAGUGUAGAGUUAGAGACAUAUCUUGGAGAGGCCGCAAUUUUACGAGAAGACAAACCACUACAAUACUGGAUGGUUAAUAAAGUGCGGUUCCCAAACCUGGCUAAACUGGCUGGCAGAUACCUUUCAGGAAUGAUGCUGUGCGACUCCCACCUUUGCCCAAGAGAUGCUCAAAGUCUCCACAGAGAAGAUGGAAGUUAAGCUCCUGUUUUGAUUAACCUUUUUUGAAUGAGGAGGACCUCAAAAGAAAUCUGACAAGUCUUAAAAGUUUGGAGGAGGACCCCUUUUGGAUGGAGUUGCUUUGUGGCGGUCAGCCGGCUGUACGUUCAUGUGAGGAAGAUCAAAUGACAGACAGGAGCCCAGCAGCUUCUCUGUGUAGACUCAGCUCUGGAGACACUCACACACCAAGUGAUCUGAGAGCCAUUCCUUUAAUUCGUAGUUCUGUUGAGAUGACACCGGUCACUUCAGCUCCUUCCUCUCCUCGAGCAGCUCGUCCGUCUCAAUUGCCUGUUUUCUCUGCCAAACAUUCAGGAAGAGGUCAGUUGGUGAUGCUUUUCUUUAGUGGAUACACCUGUUGUUAUUCUAGAUUUCUAAAUGUUACACUGUAGAUUAUCUAUUUUAAUGCUGAAUUAUAAAUAUUCUUGUUAUCCAUUAAUUUUUUAAUGUGGUUUUUUUGAAGAAAAAAAAAUCAGGAACAAAAGUGUUUAUUGUUGUUUUUUGACUAAGAUGUCAAUUUGUAGUUAUUUACUUUUUUUUGUCUAAACAGACAUGAAGGUCAUUCAUGGAAUAAGAGUCGUGACAGCAAAAGACAAACUUGGGCCUAUUUUGGAAAAACUGCAGCAUUUCCAGGAUGGCAUUAUAACCUCACCUGGACACCCAGUAACAACCAAAACCAAAGCCUUUGAGUCCAAAACCUCCUUAGGAUCCUUAGCCGGAUCCAUCACCCGCUUGCCUGUCAGCUGUUCGUGAUGCCGUAUUUCCGGGAUCACUACAGAGAUCAAUCCCAGCUUUACUCUCGCAUCCCGGAGAUCCUCGCCCGAGCCUGUACAGCCAGUGUGACAAAUCCACCCUGCGUGCGCGGAUUACCCCUUUCCCUCCGAGUGCGUGUCAGCCCCCUUCCCUGGUUUCCCUCUGUUUAUUUAUUAGUGUACAUAAUCUCCCAUCCUGUGUAAAUAAUUCUGACACUGUAAAUAAAGGGCACUUCCUGCAUUCCCUGCGCUUCUGUGUGUUCUGCCAUAGAGUCCGUUCACUCUGCAUAACAGGCUUGGGACGUUGCUGCACCGUGCAAAAGUCGUGCCUAUAGACGGUAAGUGGUUUUCCUCAGUAACUGUAGAUGAUGCUGAGUACUCAAACUUUAAUUUAAGGGAUUUUUAAAAAGAUUUUUAUGAACAAUUAAUCACUGCAUCAUGUACAAUGCUUUGAAUUAGAAGAAAUUACAUUUCUUUUUACUAACCUCGUUGAUUAUCAGACAAGAAAGCAGACAGUCAGUGCAGUCAGAACAAUCCAAGAGAGGGCAGGGUCAAACUCCCGCCUCUAGCUACACCUGUAGAGAGCCUGUCCCACAGCUUUAGUCUGCUGCAGGCAUGUCCAAAGUCCGGCCCGCGGGCCGUCAGAUUUCAUGUGGCCCACAGCUUCAGUCUAAUUAUGUAUAAUUUAUGGCUCACUUUCUAAGUCUGAAUAAAUAAAUCAUGGCUUUAAAGGUGUAAUUCCUUUUUUCACCACAUGGUGGCAGCACAUUUUUCAGCUACCUGUACCUGUCCUGCGAGCCCGCCCUUCUCUGCUCAUUUCUGCCAUGGCGACUGUACAAAAAAAGAGAAAGGUUGAUGGUGAGGGCCGCCGCUUUCAGGAGCGGUGGGAAUUGCAGUAUUUUUUUACUGAAAUUCGAGGCAAUUGUGUUUGCCUGAUUUGUAAAGAGACUGUUGCCUUGUUUAAGGAUUUUAACAUUAGGAGACACUACGAGACUAAACAUGCUGCAACAUAUAACAAGCUAACAGGGAGUGAGCGCGCUGAAAAAGUGAAGCAACUCCAAGCUGCUCUUGCUUCGCAACAGCGAUUUUUCACGCGGGCCUGUGAGACACAUGAAAAUAUCACGAAAGCCAGCUACGAAGUGGCUAUGUUAAUAGCUAAACAUGGCAAACCUUUCACUGAAGGUACGUUUGUCAAAGACUGUGUCAUGAAAAUGGUGGAGAACAUUUGCCCCGAGAAGAAGCAAGAAUUUCUGAAUGCUUGCUUGGCACGCAACACUGUGGCACGAAGAGUUGAGGAUAUAUCGUCAGACAUUCACAGACAGCUGCGGGACAGAGGAGUGGAUUUUGAUUAUUUCUCAUUAGCCUGCGAUGAAAGCACCGAUGCAUCUGACACAGCGCAACUGCUGAUUUAUUUACGAGGAGUCGACGACAAGAUGAACGUGACAGAGGAGCUGCUGGAUCUCAAAAGCCUUAAGGGUCAAACCAGAGGAAUGGAUUUAUUCAUUUCUGUUUGUGAAGCUGUUGAUGAUAUGAAGCUACCAUGGAGUAAAGUCUCUGGGAUCAUUACUGAUGGCGCACCUGCCAUGGCUGGUGAGCGAAGCGGAUUGUCCACACUGAUCUGCAAUAAAGUCAGUGAAGAAGCAGGUAACGCUGUUAAACUUCAGUGUAUCAUUCAUCAGCAGCCUCUCUGUGCCAAACAUCUCAAAUUUGAUGAUGUUAUGAAACCAGUAGCAAAGACAAUCAACUGUAUUCGCUCUAAAGCUCUGUACCACCGACAGUUUCAGCAGUUUCUGCAUGACAUCCAGGCUGAAUAUGGUGACGUAAUUUAUUACAAUGAUGUGAGGUGGCUAAGUCGGGGGUCUGCACUACAGCGAUUUUUCUCUCUCAGAGAGGAAAUCAAACAGUUUUUAGAUGAGAAGGGACAACCAAUGGAAGAACUGUCUGAUCCUGUAUGGCUGGCAAAUCUGGCUUUUUUGGUUGACAUUACGAAGCAUCUGAAUGCGCUGAAUGUUAAUCUUCAAGGAAAAGACGCAGUGGUGAGCCAACUAUACGCUCACAUCAAGGCCUUUGGAACCAAACUGCAACUUUUUCAAAGACACUUGUCCCUAACAGAGCCCUGUACCGCACACUUCCCAGCUUUGAAAGAGGUUAUUGACAGUUUCCCAGUGGACAUUAAUGUCCAAAUGAAGAGGUACGCAACAGCUAUCGCGUCUCUUUCUGGAGAAUUUAAUAAACGCUUUCAGGACUUUGCAGCUAUUGAAAAAGACAUGCUGCUUUUCUCAUCUCCCUUCUCCGUGGACCCUGAUGAUGCUCCUCCGCAGCUUCAGCUGGAGCUCAUUGAGCUGCAGUGUGACGAUGAGUGCCACGGAAAACACCGGCAGUGUUCACUUGUUGACUUUUAUCGGCAGCUAGACAAAGACAGGUUUCCUGAAGUGCGAUCUCUUGCUAAGAAAAUGCUGAGCUUAUUUGGUUCCACAUAUUUGUGUGAGCAAACAUUCUCUGUCAUGAACUUAAACAAGAACCGAUUGAGAUCAAGGAUGAGUGACUCCCACUUGCGUGAUAUUUUACGCAUCUCAACCACUGCCCUCAAACCAGAUCUAAUUGCUUUACUGAAAUCUAGAUCUCAGUAUCACCCCUCUCAUUAGUCCAGGGAUGCCCAAAUUCUGUACUGGAGAGCUGCUAUGCAUGUUUUAGUUCUUUCUGGUUUAGCACAGUUGAAUCAAAUGAAGAGCAGGCCUCCAGGAGUGACAUCCCUGCAUUACUCAUGUGUUUCUGAACAGUAAAAAGCAUAAAGCACGCUAAUGCAAUCCACAAAAGGAAACGUAUUUUGUUAAACUCUUAAGAUUUGGUUUUAACUGUUGAUGUUAUGCUCUUAAUUCAUAGUUGAAUGUGUUGUGUACAUAUUGUGUAAAUUUACAAAUGUGUUUAUUUCUUGCGGCAAGUGAACUUCCAGUUGUGCAAUCUUCCAGUAGAUGUGAAAAACUUUGGCUUCCUGAAAGGUCUUGUAAAAGUCAAAGGGCGAAAUUCACUUUAAAAUAAACUUUAUUGAUAACAGAACACUUUUCAUUACUUAUAACUCCUGUUUAAAUGUUCAUUAGGCAAAGAUAUUGCAAACUCAUGGAAAUUUAGGGUAUUCUAUACAGUUUGUUCAAUGUUGUCUGACUCUCCAGAUAUAAAUGAAAGGCAGAAUUGUGUCUUUAAAGUUGUAAAUGCUUGCCUGAGUGUCUUUUAUUUGGUACAUUUCUAUUUUAAAAAUAAAGGUAAUUGUGACUAUUACAAUUGUUCUUCAUUAUAUUUUCAUGUAACUUUGUUAUGAAAAAAAAAGUCAAAAGGAACCAUUGGCCCCCAGGCAUCCUCACUUUAUAAAAUUUGGCCGUCUUUGCAAAAAGUUUGGACACCCCUGGUCUGCUGUCUUCAGACGACUGGUAAGUAAUGUAGCAAGGAGACAUUAAAUACUGCACAAACUCCAAAACAUGCACAAACUCCAAAACACGUACAAACUCCA